AUGAAAGAAGAGUCUAUCGGAUGCCAGAGUCAACUGCCUGGAGCAUGGUUCUACGAGAUGGGCGAUGAUGCUUCAGCGUCACCUACCUACGACCAAGAAGAAAUGGCCGCAUUUCGAGGAAUUAUCGGCUCCAGAAACUGUUCGGAAAGUGUCGAGGUGCCCAGCAGCGAACACGUAGCCGAAAUCGUAGGCAGACAAGGAUGCAAGAUCAAAGCGCUUCGGGCAAAAACUAACACCUACAUCAAAACUCCAAUCAGAGGUGAAGAUCCUGUAUUCGUGGUCACUGGUAAAGCUGAGGAUGUGCUCGAGGCGAAAAGGGAAAUCGAAUGUGCAGCAGAGCAUUUCACACAGAUUCGAGCCAGCCGACGCCAUUCGCACGGAGCGCCUGCGCCAGGACAUGUCACUCUGUAUGUACGUGUUCCGCUUCGGGUGGUUGGACUUGUCGUUGGGCCAAAAGGUGCCACAAUCAAGAGGAUUCAGCAAGAUACCCACACGUACAUCAUUACACCGAGUCGUGAAAGAGAGCCUAUAUUUGAGGUAACCGGAUUACCACAAAAUGUUGAAGCAGCACGUAAGGAAAUUGAACAGCACAUCUACCAACGCACAGGAAACAUGCCAAUGACCGACCCUGACGCGUCCAUCACUCAGUACUCAAAUCUUCAGGUAAUAUCUUGCUUGGCUCAACCUAUGAUUCGUCGUGCACCAGGUAACGAGAACUACCCAGAGUAUGCUCGACCACUGGAUAGAAAUGCGUACAAUGGAUUGGUGUGUUUUUUCUGGUUUUUCUUUUGCGUUAGCAUAUUGUUUGUUACGCAGUUGCUUCAGUUGCGCGGAUAUCCGCAGAUUACGAAACAGUCGUCAUACUCCGCUGGGGGCUCACCGCCUGCCGUCUCACCAUCAUUCUUAGGGUCUUCCUCAUCUAGCACUACGUCAAAUGCGUUCCAGCCUUGGUCGAACAAUUUUUACACUGGGCUCGGACUUAGUGAGACUUCUGGUGAGCUAAUCUUAUUCGAAUCUCAAACUUCGUUAAGAAAUCAGUUGGCAUAUGUUGUGUCACAGCUAUGA